UUAUUAAACCAAGGGCGGAGCGUGGAAAACCGCAUUCAGGGCUAAUCUGGCUGGGGACACGGAGCAGAACCGGAGUUGGAGUGAGAGAGACAGACAGAUACAGAGAGGGACAGAAAGAAGACGGAGUCGAUUUUGCUUUGGCCACAUACAUACACACCGUUAGAAGAUGACGCACCAAUUUCCUGCACUCACCCCUGCCCAGAAGAAGGAGUUGUCUGAUAUCGCUUUGAAGAUCACCUCCCCUGGCAAGGGCAUUCUAGCUGCUGAUGAGUCUGUGGGGAGCAUGGCCAAGCGUCUGAACCAGAUUGGCGUGGAAAACACUGAGGAGAACCGACGUGUCUACCGGCAGAUCCUGUUGACUGCUGAUGACCGAGUCAAAAAUUUUAUUGGAGGUGUCAUCUUCUUCCAUGAAACUUUGUACCAGAGCACUGAUGAUGGGACACCCUUUGUAAAUGUGAUCAAAGAUAAGGACAUUGUUGUAGGAAUCAAGGUUGAUAAAGGUGUUGUCCCCUUGGCCGGAACCAAUGGAGAAACCACCACUCAAGGUCUGGAUGGACUGUCAGAACGUUGUGCUCAGUACAAAAAGGAUGGAGCAGACUUUGCAAAGUGGCGUUGUGUCUUGAAGAUCAGUGACACAACUCCAUCCUCCCUUGCUAUCACUGAGAAUGCUAAUGUCCUGGCACGUUACGCCAGUAUCUGCCAGCAGAAUGGCAUUGUUCCCAUUGUGGAGCCUGAGAUCCUUCCUGAUGGCGACCAUGAUCUGAAGCGAUGCCAGUAUGUCACAGAAAAGGUGUUGGGGGCAGUCUACAAGGCCCUAAGUGAUCACCACAUUUAUCUGGAGGGCACUUUGUUAAAGCCCAACAUGGUGACUGCAGGCCAUGCCUGCCCCACCAAGUACAGCCCAGAGGAGGUUGCCACCUCCACAGUUACUGCGUUGCGACGCACCGUCCCACCUGCUGUCCCAGGAGUCACUUUCUUGUCUGGAGGCCAGAGCGAGGAGGAAGCCACCAUCCACCUCAAUGCCAUCAACAAAUGUCCACUGCCAAAACCGUGGGCGCUGACCUUCUCAUAUGGCCGAGCUCUACAGGCCUCUGCACUAAAUGCCUGGCGCGGGGAGCAGGACAACUUGCAGGCAGCACAAGAUGAAUUCAUGAAGCGUGCUGAGGUUAACAGUUUGGCUUCACUUGGACAGUAUGAGACAAGCGGUGAGAAUGAUGGUGCAGCUAGCCAAUCUCUCUACGUAGAAAAUCAUGCCUACUGAAAGGAAGCCACGGGAAAAUACAUAAUAAAAAAAAAAUGAAAAAAGUUUUAAAUUCUCAUUCGGCUUCUCGUGAUUAGCUGAUCCACAGCCUCUGCUACCUUGUAUAUUGUGCCCUCGCUGCCUGCAUUAUUUUGCUGUGUAGCUGAGAUUUAACCUUAGGAGUGCUGAUAGCAAUACAACAUGCCUGGUAUACUUCUCCUGGGGUUCAUGUAGUUUGACUUUACCCUCUAACGGAUAUACUGAAAUCUCAAAUAUAACAAAUGUGUUUAAUUUCUUCCCUGAAAGAUUAAAAAAGUUGUUUUAGUAUUAGCUGCCUUGCCCCUGGAUCACCUGAGCUUGUGGUGAAUAACUAAUCUCUGAAUAAUCACUUGUAGAUCACAGCUAACCUGCACUUUGCCUCUUCACAAUGUAAAUGUGUUGCUGUGGCGUCCAAAGUGAGCAUGACAACAUAGGAGGUGACUACACAACAUAUAACGGUAAUUAUAACUAACACACAAGUCAGAAUUUGUUCCAAACAAUGCUCAUUGUGUUCUCUCCCUGCCCCAGAAGAAAAAUUCACUGUUUGCAUAUUUUUGUGUGUAUUCAGAAUACUUGCAAUUACAUGGGAGCAUUGAGUGUUGUGUUCAAAAGUAUUUUGUGAUAUAUAGUUAUAUUGUACUCACUCCACAUCUGCUGGUAAAUAGUUACAAUAAAGAUAUGGAACAAA